AUGGGUUCUUCACGUUGCAAUCGUCGAUUGGUAGCUGCAAUUAGAGGUUGGAGAAAAGGCUUCGACCGUUGGGUGUUCGGCCGGUCUCACAUUGUUGAAAUUUCGGCUGAUCGAAAUUUGAAGAAUCCAUCAAAGUUUUUGUCCAAAAGUAAUCUCUACCCAACUCCUGUAAUCUCCACCAGCUCAAAUCCCCGAGUUUUCAAAGCUUUGGGACAUAAGGGUUUGUUAGAAGAAGAAAAGGAAGAUAUUGGAAUUGAUCAGAAUUUGAUUUUGGUGAAAAGGGGUAUUUUGGUGGCAUUGGUUUGUGGUGUAUUGAUCUUUGGGUGCAGAAGAGUUUUUGCUGUAGAGGGAGUGGUUAAUGCUGGUUAUGGAGUGAUUGGGCAGUGUAUAUUGUUGUUGAGGAAUACUUGGCCUAAGGCAUCUAUGAUUCUCAAAGUGUUUAAGGAACAAGGCGUGGUCUUGACUGCGCUUUUGAGUUUGUCUGCCUUCUUCUCAAUGGUAUGCGAGCUGGCUGAAAAAGACUCUGAAGAUGAUGUUUUUAAAAUGCUUUCUAGUGAUGUAACACGCUUUCUCACAACCAUUCUUAUUGGCACCACGGUUGUCAACAUUGGAGCAACUGCUUUAGUGACAGAUGCUGCAACAACAAUGUUUGGGGAAGCUGGUGUUAACGCAGCAACUGGAGUAAUGACUGUAUGUUGCCAUUUUGCUUCUCACGAGAUUACUCCAAAGAGUAUAGCUGUUCACAAUCCCACUGAAGUAGCCAGAUUUGUGGUCAGGCCAAUGGCAUGGCUCUCUGUAAUACUAUAUCCAGUUGGACGAGUUGUGACAUAUCUAUCAAUGGGAAUGCUCAAAAUUCUUGGUAUAAAAGGAAAGAGCGAACCUUAUGUUACCGAAGAUGAAUUGAAGUUAAUGUUACGAGGGGCAGAGUUGAGUGAAGCAAUAGAGGAGGUGGAGCAGGAUAUGAUUGAAAAUGUAUUAGAGAUAAAAGAUACCCAUGUUCGAGAGGUGAUGACACCUCUUGUUGAUGUAGUCGCAAUCGAUACAAGCUCAACUCUUGUUAAGUUCCACAAUUUGUGGUUGACUCAUCAAUAUUCAAGCCUAAUGCAAAAGCAAAAAUGUCAAACUCAAAUGCCCCAGAGUGCGUGGUACGAGGAUGAAUCGGAGUUGGAAAAGAAAGUGUUUGGAGAGGAGGGGAAGGGGGAAAAGGCUGUAGAUGUUAAAACGUGGAGGAGCUGA